CAUAGUUUUAAAUCUUAAUUACUGUGAAGAAAAAUACGGUCAGUGAUAUUUUAUACGUUUUAUUUUUACUGAUUGUGUAUCCACAAUUCAAUUUCACCUCGGGCAUUCUUUUGCUGGAAACUUGCUUUUUACGUUACAGUCUAGAAGACGCCGUGGUAAACUGCCUUAGGUAUAGUUUAUUUUUUGUUCAGGUUUCGUGUUUGAAAUGAGCCCCGAUUCAAGUGCCUCGGGGCAGGACUGCGGCUAAACCAACCCAGCCAAAUCGUGAAUGAAGAAGACUUGAAGGAAGAAUAUUUUCCAACUUAGUCGACGCAAGGUUUUGUGAGAUGCAACCAGAACUGCAGCGGGCUUGCUACAGUGAUCCAGAUGUCUGCAGUUUCAUUGCUUUAAAUUUCGUUGUCAGUAGAAGAUAUGUUUAAAUUCAUUUUGUGCUUUUAGUCUUCGAAAAUCUGUUAUCCAUUUCAUAAUUAAACAUACUCUGCAGUAUAUGAAGUGAAGUAAAGUAAAGCGUACGACUGGAAUCGUGUUUUUAACAACUGCGUGUAUAUGUUAAUGGCAUAGAAACUGAAUGACAAUUCAAGCCGUGAAAUAGACAGAUAUUGGCCGUCUUGCAUUGGCAGCAAGACGUAAUUACUUAAACGUUAUUUCCUUCAAGAUAUAUUUUUACUUCUUCAAGACGCAAGUUCGAAGUAUACGAAAGUAUUUUGAUUAAGUUCUUCAUACCCUUCCUUGUAUGAAAGAAUAGGGCGCAGAGUGGUAUUACCAUGGAUACGCUGGUCGCCAGAAUGCCAUCGCAGCCAGCACCCAAAGUAUGGCAACCGUGGGUCACAAUUGAUGAUAAACCAGAUGAUGAAAGGAAUUAUGCUACAAAGGAACUGCCAACGGCAAGGUGGCGACGUGAACGUAGAUGCAGGGACAGGCUUGGUGAUUACACAAAAUUGCAACAGAACAAGACUACCAAUGUCAGCUCAACGUAUGAUACACCUACAACCCUUCCAUUACCAGAUGUGCUGGGGACUAGCACCCAUUCUUCCACUACAGGUGACACUCCCCUGGAUAUGACAAUGACUAGGGGCAGUAGACCUCCACCAUCAUAUAGUCAGACAUUAGCAAACCACCGAAAUGCCCCUGCUCGUCCUUCAGUCAUUACAUGUGCACCACCUGCUUCAUCAUCGUGGGGAGAUCGAACUUCAGAUGUUAAAGGCUCGAAUAAGGAUGAAAAUGGAAGACAGGGACACCGGCGUGAGUUGCUGUCAGGUAUGUGUGAUCCUGUUAUUGAUGAGCACUUCAGACGAUCACUUGGCAAAGAUUAUAUGAGCCUCUUUUCUUCAGACAGCAGUACAACAAACAACAGUAACAAUAACAAUAACAACAGCAAUGGCAAUAGUAGCAUCACUGUUACUGGUCUCUCAGUUGAUGAUCACUUUGCUAAAGCUCUAGGCGAAACAUGGAUAAAAUUACAAGGACAGACUUCAAGCUCUGCAUCCUCAAACACAUUAAUCACAAAGGAAAAGAAAUCCUCAGCAGCACCUUCAACUGCAACAGUGUCUGUGUCAGUUGCCAAGGAAACUGGUCCAAGCUCUGCUGCAACUCCUGCUGCAUCACAUCUCCAACAACGAAGAGGGCUUGUGUCAAUAUAACAUACCAGUUUUCUGUCUCAGUGUAUAUAACAAAGUUGAAUUCUUAUAAGUGAUUUGAAUAAUUUGCUGCUGAACUCAGUGACAGAGUGUAAGCAAUUUCAUUAUUUAGUAAAUACAUUAUAUGCAAUUACUGUGGCCCUGGAUAUUAGGAUACACUGAUAUUUUAUAUGUCUGCAUGUUUGCUUUUGCCAGGAGAAUAUUUAAAAGACUAUGAAAAUGUUUUAAAACAUUGAA